AUGGCCAAGUGCUUCAACCUGGCGUUGCUCCUUGCCUCCAUCUGGACCACGAGGCUCUUGGUCCAAGGCGCUCUCCGAGUAGACGACCUUUCCAUCUCUGGGCCAUGCAGAAUUGUGGGACUCACCCUUGUGGGCAAAAAGACAGCCGAGCAGCUGAAUUUCACAGAAGCCAAGGAGGCGUGUAGGCUACUGGGACUAACUCUGGCCAGCAAAGCCCAGGUUGAAACAGCAUGGAAGAAUGGCUUUGAGACCUGCAGCUAUGGAUGGGUUGAAGAUGGGUCCUCAGUGGUCAUCCCUCGGAUUCUCCCAAACCCCAAAUGUGGGAGGAAUGGUGUUGGUGUCCUGGCUUGGAAAGUUUCAGCUCUUCAGAGGUUCAAGGCCUAUUGCCACAACUCAUCUGAUACUUGGAUUAACUCAUGCCUUCCAGAAAUUACCACCACCAAAGAUCUCAUAUUCAACACUCAAACUUCAACAUAUACAACAGAAAUUGAUGUCAGUGACAGUACAUACUUAACAUCAUCCCCUUCCUCUGCUCCUGAUCUUACUACUGCUCCUGCACCGGCUUCCACUUCUGCUCCACGGAAACGAAAAUUAAUUUGCAUAACAGAAGUUUUUAUGGAAACUAGUACUGUAGCUACAGAAAGUGAUUCAUAUACUGAAAGUCAAGCAGCAUUCAAGAAUGAAGUUGCUGAGUUUGGAGGUGUUCCCACGGCUCUGCUAGUGCUUGCUCUCCUCUUCUUUGCUGCUGCAGCUGGGCUCGCAGUCUGCUACGUGAAAAGAUAUGUGAAGACCUUCCCUUUUACAAACAAGAGUCAGCAGAAGGAAAUGAUUGAAACCAAAACAGUGAAGGAGGAGAAAGCUGAUGAAAGCAACCCUACUGAGGAAUCAAAGAAAACGGAUAAAAAAGCAGAAGAGUCCAAGAAUCCACCUAAAACUACAGUGCGGUGCCUGGAAGCUGAAGUUUAG